AUGGCCAGCAUCACCCAACUCUUCAAUGAACUAUGUGAGGUCCACCUGGGGCAUGUGCCCUGGAAGGCCCACCCUGGCAGGCCUGGGGCCAGCAUGCAGAGGGCCAAGCAGAGCCUCAAAAGGGUGGUUUAUGAUGCCCUUUUCAUGGGCCUCUUUCAGGAAGAGGGUCACAAGCUACUGUCGGCCGGGUCUCAGCUUCCCGUGAAAAAUAAGAUCCUCAUGUUGUCCUUCAACUUGCGGGUCGGGGGCCUGGGUCCUGAUGCCGACAGGCUGGAGGAGCUGGUGGACGGGCUGGAGGCAGCCCCUGCCCUUGGCCUGCCGUUGGCUGAAGUCAGGGCUGUGCUGGAUCUCUUGGUGCGCCUGGCUGGGAGUGGCCCGCCUGUGUCCCUCCCUAAGAAGAGAGACUAUUUUCUGAACAACAAGCAUGUAGGCCGGAACGUCAAGCAUCAGGGCUACGAUUACUAUGACGUGAGCAUGUUCGAGGCUGAUGCACGCUUCCUGAUUGCCAGCCAAGAGCAGCAGUGCCGGGAAACGGUUCAGAAAACACUGCAGGUGAUGGAGGCUCCACCAGGCACCGGCCUGCGCUCCAUCGGGCUCUUUGCCCAGAAGUACCCUGGUGUGGACAGGUUUGAGAGAGAGACCCAUGGCUCCCUCUUUGGAGCCCUGGUACACAGCCGCACUUACGACAUGGACAUUAAGCUGGAUCUGCCGCCUGUGCCAGACAGUGCUGACUUGUCAGGCCUCGCCAUCCAAGUUCCCCAAAGCAUUGAUCAGUCAGAAGAUGAAGGCUUCCAGUCAGCAUCUAAUCUGACUCCCGAUUCUCAGUCAGAGCCCAGCGUGACUCCAGACAUUGACCUCUGGGACGCCGUGCUGACCUAUGAGCCCAGCAAACGCAGAUGUUGGGAGAGGAUUGGCUGUCCUCCUGGGAAUAAAGAGGAUCCGUAUCUCACUGAGGCUGGUAGGGAAGCCUUUGACAUGUUUUACCGCCUGCGGGAAGGGGAGCUGCAGCUUAUCCACAGUGGCCUGUUCCAGCUGCCCCCCCUGUACCUAAUGAAGGAGAAGGAUCUAGUCAAGGAUGUCUUGAAUGUCCUCAUUGGGGUCGUGUCGGCCACCUUUUCCCUCAGUCAGGCCACUCAGGUGUUUGAGGUGAAGCCAGGGGUCUACGUGUCGGGAACGUCUCCGCAGAACAUGAGCAGCCUUCUGUCCGAGGUGGCCGAGUACGGCUCUCACUACACCCGUCUCAGUCACUUUUCUCUCCAGCCUGUUUUGGACUCCUCCUACAACAAGGGCCUCGUGUUUCAGGCUUUUACAAGUGGUCUACGGAAGUAUCUGCAGUAUUACCGAGCAUGCGUCCUCUCCACGCCACCCACGUUGAGCCUGCUGACCAUCAGCUUUCUCUUCAAGAAGCUGGGACGCCAGUUGAGGUAUCUGGCCGAGCUCUGUGGUGUGGGCACUGCUGUUCCUGGGCUCAGUGAGGGAGGGACCUGGUCCUCGUUCCCAACCGGAGUCAAGCUGCUGUCCUACCUGUACCAAGAGGCCCUGGAUAACUGCAGCAAUGAGCAUUAUCCUGUCCUGCUGUCGUUGUUGAAGGCCAGCUGUGAGCCGUACACCAGGUUUAUCCAUGACUGGGUGUAUAGCGGUGUGUUCCGUGACGUCUAUGGCGAGUUCAUGAUCCAAGUCAACGAGGAGUAUCUUAGAUGCCGUGAUAAAUUUUAUUGGACUCACGGCUACGUGCUCAUUUCCAAGGAUGUGGAGGACUGUGUCCCUGGGUUCUUAAAGCACAUUGCCAAUGAUGUCUACAUCUGUGGCAAGACCAUCAACCUGCUGAAGCUGUGCUGCCCCCAGCAUUAUAUCUGCUGGUCUGAUAUCCCUGUGCCCCGCAUCUCGGUCAUCUUCUCCUUGGAGGAGCUGAAGGAGAUCGAGAAGGACUGUGCUGUGUACGUGGGGCGCAUGGAGAGGCUGGCCCGCCAUAGUGCCGUGAGCAAGGAGGAGAAGAAAUUGCGGAUGGAGAUCGCCAAACAAGAAUUGAUUGUCCAAGCCCGGGACACGGCCUCCCGAGUAUUAAAAGCCCUGAAUGACAGACACAUGUCAGAAAGGAUGGCCUUGGAUGCCAAGAAGCGAGAGCAGUUUCAGAAACUAAAAGACCAGUUUCUAAAGGAUCAGGAGCGUCGCCUGGCAGCCAAGCAGGAGGAGAUCGAUGACGACUUCAGCUAUGCCCGUGAGCUGCGCGCGCGCGAGAAGAGACUGAAGGCUCUGGAGGAAGAGUUGGAGCGCAGGGCGAGGCAGGACCUCAUCGACCAUUACAGCAAGCUGUCCGAGGAGGCUGCCCGCCGGGAGCAGCGGGCUCUCUGGAAGAUCCAGCGGCACAAGCUGGAGACGGCCCGGCUGAAUUUUCUCUUGGAGGACCAGAAGCACAUCCAGGAGAUGCUUCAAAAUGCCUCUGAAGGGAAGCGCAGGGAGAAGCUGGACAUCCUCCCCGGCGUCCAUCCCCCCGGACACGCGGGGGCCUCGAGAGGAGACGCCAGAGCGCAGGCUGGUCAGUGCUCUGAGGGGAGCCCGGAGAGCGUGCGGGAGCUGCUGCCCGCAGGGGGCAGCUCGUCACCGGGUGGGCCGGAGCCACAGACAGAAGGCCCGGAAGGCCGUGCCCUGGGGCCAAGGAGAGAGGAGCUGGAACCGGAGCCGGAACCAGAGCCUGAGCCGGAGGUCGGGGCUGCGCUGUUCCCCGGAUCCGGCCUGGACAUGAAGGAUUUCUUGCCGAGGCCUCUCCCAGAGGAGCCGGGAGCCUCCCCGGGCGCCUCCCCGGCCUUGCUGGAGGCCGCGCUGCAGACCAUCUCCAUGGAGCUGCCCCCAGGGGGGCCCGAGGAGCAGCCGCAGCAGCUCUAUGACUUCACCACCGUCCUGCGCCCCUCCGCCACGGCCGAGGCCCCCUCUCCCUCCCGGGGGCUCCCGGCCCCCAGGGACGCGCCCCGGCCCCGCUGGAGCCUCCACGGCCGCAGCCCCGAGUCCGGUGUCCAGUUUGGCCUUCCGCCUCUGGGCGCGAUCCCCGAGCCGGAGGCCCCGCAGCCUCGGCCCAGCCCCGCCGGCGGCCGGCCCCGCUGGAACGUGGAGCCCCGAGGGCCGGUCCGCAGCCACGUGUCCGAGAGCAGCAUCCCCCUGGGGGCCUGCACGUCGGACGUGGUGCCUUCCCGGCCCCGCUGGAACCUGCACGGCCACGCCUCGCUGUCCCACAUGAGGAUGGGCGACCUCGCUGUGGAGGCCGAAGCCCCCCGGCCGCGCCGCAGCCCCUUCGGCCACGCCUCGUGGUCCAGCCUUCGGCUGGGUCAGAGCGAGCCGCCGCCACCGCCGCCGCCCGCGCCCAGGCACGCCGCCCCCGCCGCCGCCGCCUCCACCAUGCAGUGGUUUCUGUACAACCGCGAGCUGGGCUGCCCCGGCCCGGCCCGGCCUCCUCGGGGGGACGAGCCGCCCCUCGCCUCGGCGGACGGACCCGCCGCCCCGGCCGCUGAAGGCCCGGAGCCCGCCCUGAAGAGGACAGACGAGCCGGGGGAUGGGCCCGCCGUCGGGCCGGCCGUGACCAGUGAGGAGAGCGAGGAGCCGCCCCCUGACCAGCCUCUCGGGCCGCAGCCGCUCGGGGCCCCCGCGCAGGACUCUUCUCCCGGGCACCAAGGGGAGCCUCAGCAGCCAUCGCCCGCUGCCGCCCCCGCCGCCUCCCCAGGCCCUGAAGAGCCCCAGGAGGGAGGCCAGGAGGGAGGCCAGGAGGGAGGCCAGGGCUGCGGCCGGGAACAGGCCUACCUGCGGGCCUUGUCUGACCAGUACUGCCUCGAGAAGUACCAGGACAGCUACGAGCUCAUGUCAGAGCCGCCCGUGUCCCACCUGCUGCGCCACGUCAUCCCCAGACCCUUCUCCUUCCCCCCGGAUCCCCCCGACGAGACGUCGGUGCAGCUGAGCGAGCUCCUGACCCUGCCCGUGCUCAUGAAGCAUUCCAUCACGGCCCCGCUCGUGUCCCACGUGUCGCUGGUGAACAAGGCCGUGGUGGAUUACUACUUCGUGGAGCUCAACCUGGAGCAGCACUUCGAGGCCUUGCGGCACUUCCUGCUCAUGGAGGACGGCGAGUUUGCGCAGUCGCUCAGCGACCUGCUCUUUGAGAAGCUGGGCUCCGGGCAGACCCCCGGGGAGCUCCUGAACCCCCUGGUGCUCAACGCGUUCCUCACCAAAGCCCUGCAGUACAGCCUCCACGGGGACACCAAGCUGGCGGCCAACCUGUCCUUCGCCCUCAAGGACCUGCCGGACGCCUUCGCCUCCAACGCCCCCGGCGCCCUGGGCUGCCUUGAGCUGCGCUACAAGGUGGACUGGCCCCUCAACAUCGUCAUCACCGAGAGCUGCCUGAGCAAGUACAACAAGAUCUUCUCCUUCCUGCUCCAGCUGAAGCACAUGAUGUGGACCCUGAAGGACAUCUGCUUCCACCUGAAGCGCACAGCGCUCGUGAACCACGCGUCCGGCUCGGUCCAGUUCCGCCAGCUCCAGCUCUUUAAGCACGAAAUGCAGCACUUUGUGAAGGUGAUCCAGGGCUACAUUGCCAACCAGAUCCUGCACGUGACGUGGCGCGAGUUCGGGGAUAAGCUGUCGGCGGUGAGCAACCUGGAGGAGAUUCACCGCACUCAUGCCGAGUACCUCAACAAGGCCAUCUUCAGGGGGCUGCUGACGGAGAAGGCCGCCCCCGUGAUGAACAUCAUCCACAGCGUCUUCAGCCUCAUUCUCAAGUUCCGCGUUCAGCUCAUCUCCCAGGCCUGGACCUACGAUGGCAGCCGGCAGGUGGCCGUGCACCCCAACUUUGCCCUAAUGCAGCAGUCCUACAGCACCUUCAAGUACUACUCCCACUUCCUUUUCAAAGUGGUCACCAAGCUGGUAAACCGAGGCUACCAGCCCCAUCUGGAAGACUUCCUGCUGAGGAUCAAUUUCAACAACUACUACAAAGACAGCUGAGGCCGGGCCCCGGCGGCACCCCUCUGCCCCCCUGUACACGGUGGCACACAAUAAAGGGUCCCACGCUCCCCCUCUGCCCCAGCAGGAGGGAGCCGGGAGUCCAUCAAA